AUGAAAGCAUCUCCCUCUGUGGCCGGACUGCUGCUCCUGAUCAUUGUACAGGGCAGUUGGCAGAUUCCAGCCCAGGACACAGAUGACAACUCCAGUCUAAUGACAGAUGACACAAUGUUUAGCGACCCACGGGAAAUGUCAAACAUGAAGAGACACUCCGAAGGCACAUUCUCAAACGACUACAGCAAAUAUCUAGAGACAAGGAGAGCACAAGACUUUGUUCAGUGGUUAAUGAACUCCAAGAGGAGUGGUGGACCAACCCGCCGACACGCAGACGGCACUUUCACCAGCGAUGUGAGCUCGUAUCUGCAGGACCAGGCGGCUAAAGAGUUUGUGUCCUGGCUAAAGACUGGCAGGGGCAGGAGAGAGUGA